AUGUAUAACGAGGCUAGAGACCCCCUCGAACACCUGGAAACCUUCAGAGCCCACAUGACCUUGCAUGGUUUCCCGGGAGAAGUGGCUUGUAUAGCUUUCCCGUUGAUCCUGAAGGGUCUGGCAAGAGUAUGGUUCAAGUCUUUGGCACCCGGGUCCAUAGACAGCUUUAGGGAGCUGGCUCGUAUGUUCCUUACCCAAUUUAUAGCGUGUAGAAGAAGAAAACACCCUGCAACGUAUCUCUUUACAAUCAAGCAAGCAGAAGACGAAGGUUUAAAAGCAUACUUAUCCAAGUUCAAUAAAGAAUGCAUGACUACAAACGACCAAGAUAAGAAGAUAACUUUGGCAGUGCUUUUGGGAGGAGUAUGGCCCCGGUCCCAGUUCAUGGCAGAAUUAGCGAGAACUCCCGCCACUCUACAGGACUUCAUGGAUCAAGUAGACAAGUUCAUUAACCCUGAAGAUACACUCUAA